UCUUUUUGUCGCACGCCGAGGGGAGUUCAAGAUGGCGGGGUCUUUGAGGGGCAGGUAUAGCGGUCCCCGAGGCAAGGUCACACUCAAGCUUGGGGCAAGGAGUCUUGCCCCUUCAUUCUUUCCAUCUUAACGUGGAACCAAAAGACUCGCUAAAUUUUCCUCUGGCCCCCUCUGAACAGAGUUACAAUUUGGAUGUGAAAUCACUGUUCCAGCCCAACUGAAGACUGUUGACGCAGUUGGAAUGGUUCCCAUAACCUACCUUGCAAAAACGCUUCAGGUUCACAGAAUUUCCUUUGUGAAAACAACGAGCAGGGUGUCCGAGUUUUCCAUUUAGAUCAACAACUUCAAGUUCUUACCAUGGAGAAUUCAGAGAAGACAGAAGUGGUUCUUCUUGCUUGUGGCUCCUUUAAUCCUAUCACCAACAUGCACCUGAGGCUAUUUGAGCUGGCCAAGGACUACAUGAACGGAACAGGAAAAUACAGAGUCAUCAAAGGCGUCAUCUCUCCUGUGGGUGAUGCGUAUAAGAAGAAAGGACUCAUCUCUGCCCACCACCGAGUUAUCAUGGCAGAACUAGCCACCAAGAAUUCAGAAUGGGUGGAAGUUGACACCUGGGAAAGUCUUCAGAAGGACUGGGUAGAGACCUUGAAGGUGCUAAGACACCAUCAGGAGAAACUGGAGGCCAGUAGCUGUGAUCCCCAGCAGGACUCACCUAGGCUGGAGAGGCCUGGACGGAAAAGGAAGUGGGCCGAACAAAGACAAGAUUUUGGUCAAAAGGAAUUGCUAGAGCCAAAAACAAAAGAUGUGCCAAAAGUAAAGCUGCUGUGUGGGGCAGAUUUAUUGGAAUCGUUCGGUGUUCCCAAUCUGUGGAAGAGGGAGGAUAUCACCCGGAUUGUAGGAGACUAUGGGCUCAUCUGUAUUACUCGGGCUGGAAACGAUGCUGAGAAAUUCAUCUACGAAUCCGACGCACUGUGGAAACACCGGAACAACAUUCACCUGGUAAAUGAAUGGAUCACCAAUGACAUCUCCUCCACAAAGAUCCGGCGAGCCCUCAGAAGGGGCCAGAGCAUUCGCUACUUGGUGCCAGACCUUGUCCGAGAGUAUAUCGAAAAGCAUGACCUGUACAGCCCUGAGAGUGAGGAGAGGAAUGUUGGGGUCGUCCUGGCUCCCUUGCAGAAAAACACUGCAGAAGCUAACUCGUGACUCCUGCACUUUGGACUUGUCUGUUGGGAAUGUGAAAGAGUCUGGGUGUUAGUGACUGGGAAGAAGAAUCGUGAUCCUGUUUCAUAAACUAAAGCUUUUUAAAAGUUUAGUAAAAAUCACCAGUAGAUGAAAA